ACAGCUUUUCUUUGUUUUUUACUCAGAAUAUAGCGGAACAACAAGUUUGAAAACAUGAUUUGUGUUAUUUUGUGUGUAGAUUUCUUGCAGUAGAAAAACCAUCCAUAUGGAAGCUGUUUGAAACAACCACGUACUGUUUUUACAAGCCAUCUUCAUGUAGAUAUUUCGUAGUGAAGCGGAGUGUUUUCGUCUGCUAUCUAAAACGCUAAGGAUGCUUUUAUGCCUAAGCGAGUAAUAACAACUUAUGCCCUCUGGGCGUUGGGAGGUCCACUGGGUCUUCACCACCUUUACCUCAGGAGGGACAGCCAUGCUCUCUUGUGGAUGCUCACUCUUGGUGGUUUUGGGUUCGGCUGGCUCAGAGACUUCUUCCGAAUCCCAGCUUAUGUUAGCGAAGCCAACAAAAUGGCUGAGAGACUCAGACACCCAUCUGGGACUCCUCCACCAGUAGGCUUGGUUCGUUUUGCUGGCCAGGUUUGUGUCGGCAUUUACUUCGGAUCAGUUGCUUUGGUUAGUCUGAACUCUCUGAGUUUCUUCUACCUGCUUGUGCUGCCAUUGAGUGUUGGUGUAGGGGUCCACCUGGUGUCCUGCGUGGGUCAGCAGACUUCUGACCUGCAGAAGACCCUCACUGCUUGUAUCAUGACCUCCUCCAUAUUCUACGGCAGCUCGCUCUCACCUCUCCCUAUCAGCAUAGCAGCUAGUGUCACUGCAGCACAACAUAGAAAGUUUAAACCUCGCCAACAUGCCAGAUCUCCACCGGAGCCACUCGGACCUCGAUUCUACCGUCUCAGCCUAGCCCUGCUGGCUUUCUCGGCUCCUCUAGGAUACUGCAUUUUUCACAACACCACAGCUACUUUAUACUACAUUUCGGACUGCGUGGCAACACUUCUUGAUAUGUUCUGGUUUAUCCCUUGGUUGAGAGGGGUUGUGGAGUUCUUUCUGCUAUUGCCAUACCAGAUUUUGUGUGCACUGACUGGAGGGAGUUACUAUGAGGAAAGUUGGAAGAAAGUCCUGGAAAUACUUCUUAAUGAGUACAGCAAAAGAGAAAUAGAGGCAAUGAAGGUGCUGUCAGUGUCUGAGGGUGCCACGCUGGAGGAUAUCUCCCACAGCUACAGGGAACUUGCUAAGUUAUGGCACCCGGACCGAAACCCCAAUAAGAAACAAGAGGCAGAAGAGAUGUUUAUUAAAAUCAAUGAGGCAUAUGAGACACUGCUCCACAGAUAUAAGCCUCGAAGCAGGAAAUGACUUCAGACUGCAUGUUUGUUGUAGUCUGCCAUCCAGUGGUUAUAAAUUGUACUUUCAUUAAGAUAUCCCUGUUUGGAGGACAUUAAACUAACACACUGAUGCUCAUCACAUUUUGGUGUCAUGCCCUGCAAUAAAUCGGCAUUCCCCCAGAGUAUUUGUGGAAUAGUUUCUAGCUCCACCCUUGCUGACCCUAACCAGGUUUAAACAGCUUUGGACAUAAAGUCGAGAAUACCUUUAUUAUCAUCUCAACCAUAUACAAUAUAGAGUACACAGUAAGAUGAAAUAACCGUGUCCAGGAUUAUGCUUCACUGAAUGAAUUAACAAAUUUCAGCUCUGUGCUCCACUGAUUAAAACAAGUUGAGAAAAGUUUGAAACCUAUCCCAAGCUGGCGUACACCCUGGAUCGGCUGCCAGUCCAUCACAGGGCACAAGGACACAGUGUACAAGCACACGCACUCACACAUUUACUCACUACAGGCAGUUAAUUUAAAAACGCCAGUUAGUUUACCCUGCAUGUCUUUGUACUGCGGAAGGAAACCCAAGUACCUGGAAAGUACAGGGAGAACAUGCAAACUCCGUGCACACAGAGCCAAGGCAGGACUCGAACCCACGACCCUGGAGGUGCAACAACUACACUACUGUGCCACCUAUCUACCUUUAAACCAUUUAGCAGACACAUUUUCUCCAAACUGAACUAAACAAGUAAAAUAAAUGCUGCAAAAAAUAAGCAUUUUUACUAUUCAAUUAAAAAAAAUGGACAGAUUGCAAGCAAACAGUU